UUCGGUCAUUUCGUCUGGUGAUUUCUGAUCCAGCACGUGGAGGAGACCCAAGACCUCAACCGUCAGUGCAAAUAAAGCGUGGACAAUAAUUCGCCGAAAAUUACCUGCUAUAUUAUUUAAGCAUUUAACAGUUUUUCACAAACAGAAUCUCGUUGAUAAGAAGAAAUUAAAAAGAGGAAAAACGAUGGCAGACUAUGUGUUUGGUAACACAAAACCGGCUGAUGUACCCCUGCCGGAUGAUGGACUCUCAGCGGCACAGUUAUUUGCCAACGGUGAUGGUCUCACUUACAAUGAUUUUAUUAUUUUACCGGGUUAUAUUGAUUUUACCGCCGAUGAAGUUGAUUUGUUAUCACCGUUAACAAAGAAGAUCUCGCUUAAAGCACCGCUUGUAUCAUCGCCGAUGGACACGGUUACAGAAUCUGACAUGGCUAUUGCCAUGGCCCUAUGCGGAGGGAUUGGAAUAAUACAUCAUAAUUGUACGCCUGAAUAUCAAGCGAAUGAAGUACAUAAGGUAAAAAAAUAUAAACACGGAUUUAUUAGGGACCCUGUUGUUUUGUCACCUAAUCACACAGUUAGCGACGUUAUGAAUGUAAAAGCUGAACAUGGUUAUUCCGGUGUUCCCAUCACAGACACAGGAAAAGUAGGAGGUAAACUGCUGGGUAUUGUUACAUCCAGAGAUAUUGACUUUUUGGAGAGUUCUCCAAAUCAACAGUAUACCAAGUUAGAAACAAUAAUGACAAAAUUAGAAAAUUUAAUCACUGCUACUGCUGGUGUAACAUUGCAAGAGGCAAAUGUGAUUCUUGAAAAGUCUAAGAAAGGAAAACUUCCGAUUGUUAAUGAAAAGGGAGAGUUAGUAUCUUUAAUGGCAAGAACUGAUUUGAAAAAAAAUCGUAGUUAUCCAAAUGCUAGCAAAGAUGAGAAUAAACAAUUAUUAGUUGGUGCUGCUAUUGGUACACGUACUGCAGAUAAACAUAGGUUACAACUUCUUGCUGCAUCUGGUGUUGAUGUUAUUGUUUUGGAUUCUUCUCAAGGCAAUUCUAAAUAUCAAGUUGACAUGAUUAAAUAUAUUAAAUCCGAGUAUCCAGGGCUACAGGUAAUUGCAGGAAAUGUUGUAACAACUAUGCAGGCUAAGAGUCUAAUAGAGGCUGGUGCUGAUGCUCUGCGUGUUGGAAUGGGUUGUGGAUCUAUUUGUAUCACUCAAGAAGUUAUGGCUGUAGGAAGACCUCAAGCAACUGCUGUAUAUAAGGUUGCAGAAUAUUCAAGAAGAUUUGGUGUACCUGUUAUAGCUGAUGGUGGAAUUCAGUCUAUUGGACAUAUAAUUAAAGGCCUAAGUUUGGGUGCUAGUACAGUUAUGAUGGGCUCAUUAUUAGCUGGUACUUCAGAAGCACCAGGUGAAUAUUUCUUUAGUGAUGGUGUACGUCUUAAGAAGUACAGAGGCAUGGGUUCUUUAGAAGCUAUGAAUAGAAAAGAUGCCCAAGGAUCAGCAAUGGACAGAUACUUUCAUAAUGAAAUGGACAAAUUGAAAGUAGCCCAAGGUGUUAGUGGUUCAAUAGUUGACAAAGGAACUGUUUUAAAAUUUUUACCCUAUUUACAAUGUGGCAUCAAACAUGGAUGCCAAGAUAUUGGGGCAAAAUCUAUUUCUGCUUUGAAAUCUAUGAUGUAUAGUGGGGAAUUAAAAUUUGAAAGACGAACACAUUCAGCCCAACAAGAAGGAAAUGUUCACAGCCUUUUCUCAUAUGAAAAGAGACUCUUUUAAUUAGGUAAAUAUUGAGUGAACAUCAUAUGAAAAGUACCUGCAUUUACUUGCAUAUAAACGAUGAAUUUUAGCAAAUUAUCACGAAUUAUGUGAUAUCACAUAUUGUUUAAUAAGAAAGAUCAAAAUUAUUUCUUAAUCCUAGACAAAUGAAAUUUAUUUCAUGAUUAUUUUAUAUGUAAUGGAACUUGUUUCGAAAUUUUUAGACAUACCUUUUAUUACAUCCACAUUACUUCAUAAGUACUUACAAGCAUUCAUCUAGAAUAUAGAAAUGUAUUUUAUACAUAUGCAGGUGUGAAAUAUUUUACUGUUUACAGAAGAAUAUAAAUUCUAUUGAAAGCUAUUUUAACGAAUCCUUUUAAGUGUAUUAACUUGUACAGAAACUUCUAUUAUAUAUUCCUGUAAUAAUUCAAUUUUUUACUACAUUAUUCUUUGAGUAAAUUAAUCAAUUUAAUUGAUAAAUAUGACUGAUUCAUGAAAUAAGUUAUAACUCGUAUUGUAAUAUUUCUUUCUUGUUGCAUUUAGUGUACCUGAUUUAUACUACUGAAAUGUAUAUUCUUUAAGAUGUUUUUGAAAUUAUAUUAAAAUUUCCGCAAAAGCUGAAGAAGAAUUUCGAAAAAUCACAAUGCAACAAGAAAAAAAUAAUAUUAAUAUAAAACAAGUUUAUAAACUGGAUGCCAAACUGUGGGAACAACCAGAAAGUUAAUCAGCUUCACUUUUUAUUGACUGAUUAUUCAUUCCUAUUACAAAGUGAUAAAAACAAAAAACUUAUCAGAUUCCCUACUACCUUAUCAUGUAUUUUAAUCUAAUUUGACAAAAUGUUUUUAUGAUCCUGAUUUAAUAUGAGCAAUCGUUUAAAAUGAAAAGCUUAGGCUGAAUUAUUUAAAUUAAGUGAAUUUUAUAAUUUUAAAUAUACCGACUAAUAUAAACAUGUCAUUCUGUAACCAUUAGAUUACAGAUUUUAUACAAGUGUUGUUACAAUAAAAUGUAUAUUUGAAAUAAAUCAUUAAUUCAUGUUGAA